ACCGCAGGUGCGAACACUGGUGUGUGGCGGAAGUGGCGGUCUGGUGAAACGGGUGAACCUCGAACACAACAUACUCCGAACGCGUUGCUUUGGUUGUGCUGAUUGAACUUAUCGCGUUCUGAAGAUCUCGAAGGCGGCAUCUGAUGAUGCUUGACUCUUGCGCACAGCUGUUGGUUGUUUUUAGGCUUCACGUUUGACAGCUCGCUCUUCGCUAUGGCGGCCGAUGCGCAGCACAAACGAUGGGGUGAGCUACCACCACUGAUCACAGAAACGGAAUCUGGAAUUGCUGCCAUUGAACGGGAGCAGAUCACCAAACCCCGUCCAGUGCCAAUUCAGGGAGCUGCACUAUAUCAGCCGGGAGCACGCAGCCUACAUUACCAAGCUGAGCGGAGUGCCCAAGAGUACGGUGCCAUUGACCCAAUAACAGUGCACACCAUCGCAUUGAUCCAACAUGCGAAGAAAGUUCAGUCAUGCAUCACGAACCUUCAGCAGCAGGACAGAGACAUUAAGCCGCUGGAAGCCGAGUACUUGCCACCUAUACCAGAAGGACCUUGUAUCCCAGGCCUGACAAGCCCAGGCAACAGCAAUCGCCUCGAAAUGAAGUCAGAGAAAAAAUGCUCCUGGAAACCACCACCUCAGCUAGGGGAUCAUGCAACCCGUGUUAUUCUUCGCAGAGCAGUCACUGCCAUCUGCGCACAAGCUGGGUUUGACACUACUUGGAACUCUGUGCUGGAGGUUCUGACAGACGUCUGCAGUGACAUUUAUCGUCGCAUCUGCUGGCAGCUACGUACAGUCGUUGACCGAGAGGCACUUACUGGUCAGACCGGCUUUAUGGAUGCUAUGGACCAUGCCUUGCACGAGUCAGGCUUGGAAGGACUUCAGUCAUUGGUGCAGUUCUUCGACGAACGCAUUGUUGGCUACAAUCGACACAUGCUGAGGACCUGUCGCAAGCUACACCAAACUUACCAUAAAGUCAAGCUACCACAAAGCUGUUCAUCUGACGACACCAAAAAUAUCAAGGUGAAGGAGGAGCCAGUGAGUGAGAUACACUUUCCGAACCUUGAGGAGGGCGACGAGAACAUGGCAGAGGCGGAGGAGGUACCUAUGGAUGAGCUUCAUCGUGCUCUGCAGAACCUGGAAGGCGUGCCCUUGAAGGAUGAGGAUGCAUCCAGGUGGCUUGCACAGCAGCAACAGCAGCAGCAACAACAACAGCCACUUGCACACCAUCGCAAAGGCUCGACUGCCUCCUCAGCAGGGCACCUGGAUGCUGAUGAAGAGAUAGUGAUCGUUAGCGAUUCUCCACCGCUUUCUGCUGAAGUCAGCAUAGGUUCCUUGGUUGACUCAGUUGAGUCUGGCUCCCUCGAUGCUACAAGACUUGGCCGUCCACCACCAUUUAAGAAGAAGAAGAAGACAUGAAGCAAGACUACAGCAUUGCCCUAUAAAUAUAUACAGGGUGUUUCACAUAACUUGAACCAAGGAUUUUAAACAAGUGACUUGCCGCAGCUGAAUGAAACUGACGGCGUAUUGUGUGCCAUCAUGUGGCGCUCCUUGGAGUGUUCUUUAUAUACCGCUUAAUUAGUUAAUUAACUGCGAUGAAUUAUGCAAAAUGUUUAAUAUUCACUUUAGGGCCAAGUGCAUGUAGUUGCGUUGUAGAGGGGAUUCAGAAAUGGCCAAUACAAUAUUUUGUGACGACGUACAUGUUGCCUGGCAAUUUUUUUUGGCGUUUGAAGAGAGCUCGCGAAAUAUGAAAUAAAACAAUGUAACUCCACUCAUGCCCCAUCAUAUUGCAGUGCUCUCAAGUGAGCUUCGGGCGAAAAAACCAUGCACGCAGAUUCUGGCGAAGUGAGUGGCCGUAGCUCUAGGCAUCCGCUUGACAGUGCGUCAGCGUCAUUGGUGGUGGCCCAUGGAAAGGAAGCGCCAUCGUCCCUGAUAAGCGAUAUGCUCAACGCGCAGUUGAGAGCGCUCCAAUACUAUAGCACACGAGCACAGUCACGUAGUUUUAUUUCAUAUUUUGCAGGCUUUCUUUAAAUAACGAAAGAAAUCGCCAUGCAGCAUGUAUGUUGCCAUAAAAAAUUGGAUUGGCAGUUUCUGAACACCCUCUACAACAUAACAAAACACACUUGGCCCUAAAGUGAAUAUUAAAUAUUUUUAAUGAUUGAUCUCAGUUAUUGAACUAAUUAGUCACAAUAUAAAAUAAUAUAUUGAGGAGUGCCACAUGAGGGUUAAUCACUUUGUUUAAAUCCUUGGUUCAAGUUAGGUGAAACACCCUCUGACAUGUACUCUGUCCUGGAGGGUAGCAUAAACAAAUAAAUAAAUAUACAUAUAGGUAAGAUUUACAAGAAAAAAUAUUUUUUCCAUAGAUUGAUAAUAAAGUACAAUACAAACAAAUGAGGUACAAAGGAGUCAUUGUUUGUAUACUGCAGGAUGCCUUGCUGUGUAGACCAAAUGCUAGUAUCUUCCUUGAACAGUUGACCCAUGUGCACAUGGUAGCAUGUACUGACAUACCUCCUGACAGUGGGAAAAUUUUAUGACCACAACUUGUUAUAAACAACUACUGUGAUGACGUCAAAACAAAACAAACGUGGGAGAAGGGCUGUUUCACAGAAUAAAUAGAUGGCUACCAUAAGCGUAGCUCCUCUAUAACGAUAUUGCAAAUUAGUGCAGUUGUCCAUUUCCUAUGUGGACUUCUAUAUUGCAAUGUUGGUAGUUUGUAAUUGGAGCCAGAACAGCUAUAAGUUUCCCGCGUUCCAGCAGGUUCAAGCCAAAAUGAAAAAGAAGGAAAGAAAAAGUAUUCUUGAAAGUGCUACAUGCUAGUGCAUUUGUUAUGUACAUCCUUGCUGAAAACUUCUGGUAGAACCCAUCUCACCAUGACUGUUGAUGUUAACGCGAUCAGCAUUCAAUCAAUGUAGCAACACACCAUAUUGCUCAAGAGACCUUUAUUUAGACUCUGUAGUGGUCAUUCUGAGAUUCUGAUUUCUUUGGCCAUAUGCGACAUACAUUAUUUCUGGGAACGGUCUACUUUGCUAUGACACUCACUUGCCAGGGUUGGCCAUUGCCAUAAUGGCAUGACAACUCUAUGACGACAAUGCAAUAAUGAGAUUGAAAUGUCGUCGAUGAGAUGAGGAAGGUGGUAUAACAACAGCAGAGUGACGACAAGGGCACAGGGACAAUGGAAUGACAAUGAUGGCGUGAAGGUAAAUAUGGACGACAACAAUAGAAUGACCACGACAGCAUCACGACGACUGGAUGACAAUGGCACAAUAAUGAUUCCUAAAUGAUGACAAUGGUAUGAUCAUGACAAUGUGAUGAUAAUGGUGUGAGGACGUUGGAUGACAAGUGUGUGACUACGGCGACGAUACGACUAUGAAUGUGAUUGUACGACAAUGAGGGCAUGACAGUGAUAGUACAGUGAACUUAUUACACUUAGUCUAGUGUCUAGUACACUCUAAGAAUGGUGCCAUAAUUACGAUUGAAGGAUGACAGCAUGAAUAUGAUGUUCCAUCGACAUCAUUCCAACGAUGACAGCAUGACGAGAAUUCGAUUACAAAGCUGGAAUGGUGAUGAUGCAAUGACCACGAUUGCAUCACAGUCACGAGCACGUACCUAGUGAUCUAAGCUAGCAGACAACUUGGGUCACUGAGUCAGGGAAAAUGGUUAGAGACAGGCACGGACAUAUAUACGUAUGUAGAUAGGUACUGGAAGGUGCAUUAAUAUCCCAGGAAUAUUAAUCUCACUAAAAUGCUCACUUCUAAUAUUGUAAGGCUCUGUCAACUUAAGUAGGAAGCUUCAAAAUCUUACUUUUGAAGAUCCUCAAGAUCCUUUAUUGGAACAUGUGCACAACUUCGUGAGCUGCUGUUUACUCUCAUUGCUCCACAUAAUAAUAGCACUGCCUUCAGAAUCACUUUCCAGGGCUACAACAGUAACAAGACUAGCAAGAACAUAAACUGACAUGCUUGUACAUAUGUUGCAAGAAUAAAUGUGGUGCUAUUUUGGCAACUUC